AAAUGCGUGAAAAUGAGCUAUCCAAAGCUCAAUGUGAAAGAAUUAUCAGUGCAUAUCUGAGUGGUACCAAGCAAAUGAUUAUUUCAACUCAGCUUGGUAUUUCCACUAGCACUGUUAACAAUACUAUAAAAAGAUACAAAGAAACAGGUUCUGCGAUACCUGAGAAGCGUCCUAGUCAUCCUAAAAUACUUAAUCAACGUGAUAAACGGACCCUACAACGUAUCAUUCGAAAUAAUCAAUUCGCUCCUCUUAGCCUUGGUAGUUAUGUCACUUGUAAGAAACCCCUUUUAACCCAAAAACAGCAAAAGGAUA